GCCCCGGGACAGACACGUGAGUUUUCUUUCUUGCAGAGCCCCCGCCCCACCUACUUUGCGGGCCGGCGGGGGAGCUGGGGCGCCGAGUCUAGCGCGGGGUAGGGGGCUGAGGGGGUGCGGGCGCCCCGAGCGCAGGCCGAUUCCCCGCCGCCCCGGGAGCCAUGUGCUCCGACUCGGUCUGGGCCGCGGGGGAGACUGCGCGCUUUGUGUGAACUGCUGGGAAUGCAGCGUGAGUGCGCGGCCCGGGGGAGUGUCCGGUGGAGCUGGGGGAGUUGUCAGAAAGUGCAUUCGGGAGUGGCUGCAGGUCGGCGUCGUGGAGUGUAUAGAAGGGUGCACCGGGUGUCCUGUCGUGAGGGUGCUGCCACGGGCCAGUUGGGGUAAGAAUUGAUCGCUGGUGUGAUGACGUUUGGAGUUUCCUCAGUCUGAGAGAUCGUGGGUGGGCGGGUCGGUUGGAGUUUGUGGGUAGGCAUAUAGCCAGGAAUUGGGCUGGUUUCGUGGGUACCAGUUGUUCGUGGUAGACGUGGGCUCUGUAAGCUUUGUGUGUGCUGUGUUUGUCGGUGAAAACCUUGGUGGUUCCAGGAGCUAAGGGAUGGGUUGGUGCCUGUUAUCUGAGCACUGCUACAGAGUUGCCUGGUGGUGAGGGCGUGUGUGUCUGUCAGUCUGUGUGUCUGGGUGUGAGUAUGGGGUAUGUAUGUGGGAAACCUCCCCCCGUUGUAAGCUGGCUGGAGUGCAGGACACGAUGGUGGAGAGAGGUCUGUUGUAGGCUCAGGGGUCAUCUCCACCGGCCACCCUAGGAACCCUGCAGACUGGGACUUGGUUGGCAGCCAGGGUGGAAUUUAUACAGAUAACCCUGAGUAAACUUCUCAUAGCCUGCCAAGACUGCAUCCCUGAGCCCAGAUCCCAACUGCCCUGGCCAGCUAAGUCCCAGAAACCUGACCUCAGAAAGCAGCCUGCUGUUGGUGUUCUCUGAGGAGUGGCACCUCUAACCAGUGCCUGUCUCACCUCCAGGUGGCCUGGCUGGGAGGGUAGACCCUUCCCUCGAAAGCCUGGCCGAGCCAGCCCAGAUAUCUGGGCUCAGGCCCAAGUCGAGGAAACAAAACCUGGGAGAUGCCAGAGUCUGUUGGCCCAGCCUGCUGGGUAGCUGUUAAAAGGCUGAGGAGGGAGGAGCCUUGAGAUUCUGGCAUUAGCUUGCCCUGGAACUUUUGGUUUUAAAAUGUAAAUCUCUUUUGCAUGUGUGAACCAGAAGUUAGGAUGAGUAACUGAGUCGGGUUGUCUAGGGAAACCCCUUCCUACAUUUGACAGGUGAAGAGGGGGCUCAAGCCCAGAGAGGAGAGAGCACACUUGCCAAGGUCACACAGCCAAGGGGAGAGAACCAGAGUCCAGCCUUGUUCAUUUAUCUGGAUUUUUGAGGAAUUGAUUCAUGGACCCAGCCAGGGGCUAGAUGACAAAAGAGAAUGUCUGAGACAACCAAUAGGGAUGACUCAACACUGCAGGGCACAGUAGGUGCAGUAAAUGUGAAACACCCAUUGCGGUAGGACCGUAGUGAUUAAUAGACUUUCCAGACCUGGGCAGCAAAAUGCUAGAGUUUGGGGAGGCUGGCGAGAGUUGGUUGUUGUUGUUGGCAAACGUCGGUCCAAACCUUGCUUCCAUACCCUAUCCUGGAGGUGAAGGGUUUUUUGUUUGUUUUUUUCCAUAACAGCUUUAUGGAGAUGUAACUCACAUAUCCUACCACUUACCCAUUUAAAGCAAACAAAUGAGUGGUUUUAGUAUACUCACAACUAUGUAACCACCACCACAGUCAAUUUUAGAACAUUUUUAUCACCUCAGAAAGAAACUCCAUACCCUUUAGCUGUCCUCCUUCUAGGCUCCUCCCCCAGCCUAUUCUAAAUUGGUCAUUAAAACGGACUCAUAUGUAUUUUUCAUGACUUGCUUCUCUCGCUUAGCAUAUUUUCAAGGUUCAUCCACACUGUAGCAUGGAUCAGGACUUAGUUCCUUUACAUGGCCAAAUAAUACUCCACCAUAUGGAUGGACUACAUUUCGUUUUUCCAUUCCUCCACUGUUGGACACUUGGGUUCUUUCCACCUUUUGGCUAUUACGAAUAAUGUUGCUAUAAACGUUUGUGUUCAAGGUUUUGUGUGAACGCAGGUUUUCAUUUCUCUUUGGUAGAUGUCUAGGAGUGAAAUUACUGGGUCACAUGGUAACUGUUUAAAUUAGGUGGCGUUCUCUCUUGGUCUUGAUUUUCUCAUCUAUAAAAUGACGAUAAUAGUAGUGUCUGUCUUAAAAGGACUUGACUGAGAUAGUGUGAAGUGCUCAGUACAGUGCAUGGAAAACAGACCUCAGGGGUAGCUAAAAUUCUUUGUAGUCUGGUACUGCUUCUUAAAGAGCUGCCACUUAUCUCACUAGUCCUCUACUGAGUGCAUGAAAUGAAAGCAUCUCAGACUCAUCCCUUCUAGGUUGCCCAGGCGAAGGUAUGGCCUGAGACUUUGAUUUACCAUUCCUCCAUUUCGGUGUCCCAGGCUAUAAUGAUGAUGUGUUUGGAGACAGGGAAAGGGUAAAAGGGAAUGUGUGGUAAUGAUGUCCCCAUCCCCUCUGUCACUUGUUCCAGGCUUGCCCAAGGUCCACCUAGCCCCUAGACACCAUGUCAGACAGUGAUCUGGGUGAGGACGAAGGCCUCCUCUCCCUGGCAGGCAAGAGGAAGCGCAGAGGGAACCUGCCCAAAGAAUCGGUGAAGAUCCUCCGGGACUGGCUGUACUUGCACCGCUACAACGCCUACCCCUCAGAGCAGGAGAAGCUGAGCCUUUCUGGACAGACCAACCUGUCCGUGCUGCAGAUAUGUAACUGGUUCAUCAACGCCCGGCGGCGCCUUCUCCCAGACAUGCUCCGGAAGGACGGCAAAGACCCCAAUCAAUUCACCAUCUCCCGCCGCGGGGGUAAGGCCUCAGAUGUGGCCCUGCCCCGAGGCAGCAGCCCCUCAGUGCUGGCUGUGUCUGUACCAGCCCCCACCAAUGUGCUCUCCUUGUCCGUGUGCUCUGUGCCACUCCACUCAGGCCAGGGGGAAAAGCCAGCAGCCCCCUUCCCACCAGGGGAGCUGGAGCCCCCGAAGCCCCUGGUGGCCCCUGGCAACACACUCACUCUACUGACCAGAGCUGAAGCCGGAAGCCCCACAGGUGGACUCUUCAACACGCCACCGCCCACACCCCCAGAGCAGGACAAGGAGGACUUCAGUAGCUUCCAGUUGCUGGUAGAGGUGGCGCUACAGAGGGCUGCUGAGAUGGAGCUUCAGAAGCAGCAGGACCCAUCGCCCCCCUUACUGCACACUCCGAUCCCCUUAGUCUCUGAAAACCCCAAGUAGGCAUCUGCCAAAAGGGGUGCUCGAGGCUCGAGCCAGCUGUCCUGGGUUUCCAUUUGAGUUCCCUUUCAUACAGAGGGUUUUCUUGGAUCACUGCCAAACAUCGGGAUCAUCUCCUCUGUCCAGAGGUCUUCAGCAGGAAGACGCCAGCUGGUGUCACUGCACUGUGACAGGGACCUCUCUGCUAACUGCCGUUUCUCCAGGCCUCCUCAGUGAUGAGAUUGAGAUCGGAGACAGGCAUGGUGCUGCUGCUGCUUCUCCAGAGAAUCCCUAGGACACCUCUGUCCCAGCCUGCUUUCCUGGCUGGGCACAGGACACCCACCACAUUCAGACCUACGCCCUGGAGCUGGGCCUCUCUGUGUUAAGCAAAGUGUGGACAGUCCAAGUUCAUACGUGUGAACAAAAGAGAAGAGGAACCCAGCAGAUGUAACAGAACGGACUCCAGUUGAAUGUUUAGGUUUUCACUAAACUUUAUUUUUCCUUUUUUGCUGGGGUUUCCAUUAAUGGGAGUAGUUAGCCCAGGUGUGGGGAGUCAGUGUGUGUUGCCUGAGGGAAUCUGACGAACUGGGAAUUAGGCACCACUGCAGCUGGUGAGUGUUUUACAGGGAAGGAGUAUCUUUAUUUCGGGGACCAGCUAAAUCUCUGCAAAAUUCCAAAUGGUUGUUUUAUUGUUGGUUUGAUUUACAAAAAAAAAAAAAAAAAAAAAACGACACACACACAAAAAAACCCUUUUUGAGCUUUGGCUUUUCUGCGUCAGGCACAAAGCCUUUAAGAAUAAAGAAAGGGUCCAAUACAGAAUCUGACCAAACCUUCUAAGCGCAGAGCAGAGAAGGAUGAUAAAAACCGGACAGGUGGUUAUUGGUUUGGUUUGUUCGUUUUUCUGUUUUGUUUUGUUUUUUAAAUUUUUGUUUUUACUAUGUUUUGGGGGACAGAGGAAGUUAGCUAGACCAAGGCAGUGGGUUUUUUGGUUUUGUUUUGUUUUUUCUCCUUAAUGUUUUCCCCUCUUUAUCCUUGAAAGUAUGGCCAAGCAGCCUGAGUUUUGAAUUCCUUUAAGAACUUUGGAUUAGUGUGGCCAGAACGGAAAAAGCUGCCAGUAGCUCCUACUUGGAGAGAAGUGAGCCACCUACUGGUCAGGAAGCCCUUGUAGCUGACUCCGAUGGGCAGUUAUUCCCAUGACAGUGGCAAGAACCUAUUCCUGGAAGACGCAGGGAACGUGCCCCCAGCUGCUGAGAAGCUGCCUUCUCUGGAGGCUGGGGCUGGAAAUCGGUUAGGAAGCCUGUCCACUGUGUCUCUGUAUUGCACCUUUCUCUAAAUUGGAGUUGCAGAGCCCUCUGCUCUGAACUUCACAGUGAACUAGAUCACGGUCUUACUCUUCUCCCUCCUCUCCAUUUUUUAUUCUGCUGUCUCACUGCUAACAGCGUUUGACAGCAAUACACCCCAUCUUUAUAUAUCCUAAGAAACACUAAUUCUAGGUUACUAUUAGCCAAAAUAUUUUUGUUCUGAAUAAUGUUGUUACUGAGCCGAAAGACAGGUCAGGAGCCCUCAGCUUCUAGUUUCCUGAAGUUGCCCAGUCAGGCAGGCACAAGGGGGAGAUUCCUGGGGGUUGACUGACUUGGGUGAGCCUGGCCAGGAGAAAGGCAGCAACGUGUGUUCUGUCCUUUCUGGGAUGAUGUCUGAAGGCUUCAGGGAGGCUACCUGACUUCUCAGCGGCUUGGCCUACCCACUGCUGUGGGAAUGGGGAUCAGUUACUUAAGGAGAGGGAGCUUUGCUCUCUGAAUGGGCAAGUUUCCUAGGCUCUCUCUUUUGCCACCCCAGCUCUCUCUUUUGCCACCCCAGCCCGUCCCUGCAUGUCCUAGGGGGAUCAGGGAUCCUCGCCCUCCUGAGGCCCAGCUGGGGAAGAAAGAACAGCAGCUUCAAGACAGCUGAAGCUGCUGUUUGCCCAGCCUGUUCCACCCCACCCAUGUCUGAGCCCAGGUCUGGUAGCACUGUUGGAAGAUGCUUAUAGCAAGAGCCCCUGGCAGUGUACUGGGCUGGGGUGGGACUUUUCCUUCCCACAGUGCACUGAGCAGUAGAGGUGGUGAGGGGUGAGGAGCCAUGCUGCUGAAUUCUGGUUGGCAUUUCCCCCUUGUGCGAGAUGGGGAGGCUGGAGGUAGGGCAGCCUCCGCUUGGUUGGGUCGUGAGAGAAAGCUGGAGAAGCACAGUUAUCCCGUUGAAUUAUUUGAGCAAAAAACUACUGUAAAUAACUUUUGUUUUUGUCUUUCGUCAAAUAAAGUUGUUUUUGGGUUUU